AUGAGUCUAAAUACCUGCUGGUUUUGCAAGAUACUCAAAGCAAAGAAAAACAGGAUUACUACCAAGUUGUCUUUGGAGGAAGUUCUCCAGUGGUCCCAGUCUUUCGAAAAGCUGAUAACAAGUAAAUAUGGGCCUGUGAUCUACCAGACUUACUUGGAGACUGAGCACAGCGAGGAAAACAUCAAGUUCUGGCUUGCUUGUGAAGCCUACAAGAAGAUCACAUCACAAAGGAAGAGGAUUUCAGUGGCCAGGAAACUCUUUACAAACUACAUUGAACCCCAGGCUCCCAAUGAGAUCAACAUUGACAGUCCUGUGAGGAAAAGGAUUAUCAGGAACCUUCAAGAGCCAACAGAGUCCUGUUUUGAUGAAGCACAGAGAAUAAUUUACAUGCACAUGGAAAGAGACUCCUACCCCCGAUUUCUUGAAUCAAAAUUCUAUCAAAAACUCAAACACAGCCUUCAGACUGACAGUAAUAAUUCAACA